CACAGCCGUUGGUCCGGGCGGGGGAGGGAGAAAGUGAGACUCGGUGUCAUCACCAUCCAUUGUCAGAAGGGGAGGAAACUGGAAUCCAGCAGCAGCAAGCAGCAGCUGGGCGGUCACAUCUGGGAAUGCAAAGCCGACCUCCUCCCCCCCCUCCUCCUCCACCUCCUCCUCUCCUACCCGGGAACACUUCCGAAACCACUUCGCCUUCAGCCCCUGCCUCGGCCAGAGGGAUUUAUUUAAUGGGGAUGUGUUCAAGGCAAGAGCGAAUUCAGAAGGAUAUCGACGUCGUGAUCCAGAAGUCCAGAGCCGAGAAGGACUGCCUGUUUUCAGAUUUCAGAUACUCAGACUCCACCUUUACUUUUACCUACGUUGGCGGCCCGAAAAGUGUGUCUUACUCAGUACACGUAUCUGAAGAUUACCCAGAUAAUACAUAUGUGUCAAGUUCAGAAAAUGACGAAGAUGUACUAGUUACUACAGAGCCAAUUCCCGUAAUUUUUCAUAAAAUAGCAACAGAGUUGAGAAAAACAAAUGACAUUAACUGUUGCUUAUCCAUAAAAUCCAAAUUACAAAAGGAAAAUGGCGAGGAGUCAAGACAGAAUAGUACGGUGGAAGAAGAUUCUGAAGGCGAUAAUGAUUCUGAAGAAUUUUAUUAUGGAGGACAGGUGAACUAUGACGGGGAACUGCACAAGCACCCACAGCUGGAAGCGGAUUUGUCCGCAGUCAGAGAGAUCUACGGGCCACACGCUGUUUCUCUCAGAGAAUACGGAGCCAUUGAUGAUGUGGACAUUGAUCUGCAUAUUGAUGUGAGCUUUCUGGAUGAGGAGAUUGCCGUGGCUUGGGAAGUAAUUCGAACAGAGCCUAUCAUUGUCCGGCUGCACUGUUCACUCACACAGUAUUUAAACGGCCCAGUGCCCACUGUUGAUGUCUUUCAGAUUUCCACAAAAGAACGGUUUGGAUUGGGACAUCAGCUAAAAAAAAUCAUGCAGACAUUUGUGACACAGCAGUGGAAACAGAGCAAAGAAAAAUCCAAUUGCCUGCACAACAAGAAGUUGUCAGAGAAGAAAGUGAAGUCUCCCCUGCACUUGUUUUCUACUUUGCGCAGGUCGCCAAGUUAUCCUCCCCCGGGGUGUGGGAAAAGUAAAUCGAAACUGAAAUCUGAGCAAGAUGGAAUCUCCAAAACGCAUAAGCUGCUGCGGAGGACUUGCUCCAGCACGGUCAAGGCGGACGACACGUGCCCCGCAAAGUCGCACAGGACUUUCGGUCGCUCGCUGUCCAGUGAUCCCAGGGCUGAGCAGGCGAUGACAACCAUUAAAUCACACAAACUCUUGAACCGUUCCUGCUCUGCGGCUGUUAAGCAAGAGGACUGCCUCACUCUAAAGUCCCAUAAACUAUUGACUCGAUCUUGUUCUGGAGAUCCACGCUGUGAGCACAACACCAGCCUCAAGCCCCACAAACUGUUAAGCAGGUCUUACUCCAGUAAUCUCAGAAUGGAAGAAUUAUACGGACUGAAAAAUCACAAAUUGCUCAGCAAGUCCUACUCCAGUGCCCCCAAGUCAUCCAAAACUGAGCUUUUCAAGGAACCUACUGCAGAGGGCAGGAGGCUCUCUCUUACCUCAGGGCUUAUUGGUAUCUUAACACCAUCUUCAUCUUCAUCUUCCCAGCCUGCUCCAAAUGGUGCAAAAUGCAUUCCAAUACGAGACCGUGGCUUCCUAGUGCAGACAAUUGAGUUUGCUGAACAGCGGAUCCCUGUAUUGAAUGAGUACUGUGUGGUUUGUGAUGAGCCGCACGUGUUUCAGAAUGGCCCCAUGCUUAGGCCCACUGUGUGUGAACGGGAGCUGUGUGUAUUUGCUUUCCAAACCCUGGGAGUAAUGAACGAAGCUGCUGAUGAAAUAGCAACUGGCGCUCAGGUGGUAGAUCUACUGGUAUCCAUGUGUAGGUCUGCGUUGGAAUCUCCCAGAAAAGUUGUCAUUUUCGAGCCAUAUCCCUCCGUGGUGGACCCGAACGACCCUCAGAUGCUGGCCUUCAACCCCAGGGUAAGUGGCGACCCCCGCACACCAGUCACAAAGCUUUCUUUAACAGGAAUUGCGAUUUUGACAAAGGCACCAUAUCUGGAAAUCAAGAAGCAGAUGGAUAAACAGGACCCCCUUGCUCAUCCCCUACUGCAAUGGUAUAAAAUUUUAUUUGUUUGUCAUUAUUUUAAAUGGCAGCAAUUGAAGUUCAUGCACACUCCGCAUCAGUUCCUUCUUCUCAGCAGUCCACCAGCCAAAGAAUCCAAUUUUAGAGCUGCUAAAAAACUCUUUGGAAGCACCUUCGCAUUUCAUGGCUCUCACAUUGAAAACUGGCACUCCAUCCUGAGAAACGGUCUGGUUGUUGCUUCUAAUACACGAUUGCAGCUCCACGGUGCAAUGUAUGGAAGUGGAAUCUAUCUUAGUCCAAUGUCAAGCAUAUCAUUUGGUUACUCAGGGAUGAACAAGAAGCAGAAGGUAUCAGCCAAGGAUGAGCCAGCUUCAAGCAGUAAAAGCAGCAACUCGUCACAGUCACAGAAAAAAGGACAGCAGUCCCAGUUUCUGCAAAGCCGUAACUUAAAAUGCAUAGCCUUAUGUGAAGUGAUCACCUCACCUGACCUGCACAAACAUGGAGAGAUAUGGGUUGUCCCAAAUACCGAUCAUGUCUGCACACGAUUCUUUUUUGUCUAUGAAGAUGGCCAAGUAGGAGAUGCAAAUAUCAAUACACAAGAAGGAGGCAUUCACAAGGAGAUCCUCCGAGUCAUUGGUAAUCAAACUGCUACUGGUUAAAGGACCAUCAUUUAGUUAACACGAAUUGAAAGCCUUCCUCGGGUUCAAAGCUGGAUUUUGAACUGAAGAAGAGGAUAAAAUAAUUUAUUGUUAUUAUCAACAAAAUUAACCCUUUGAAUACUGAUUUUUUUCCCUUAGUAUUUCUAAGUAUCUCAUUAAAUACCUAAAAUGGUAUCAAAUUGAUCAAUUGUAGGGUUAUGGAAUCUAGUAAUAAAAUUAAAACAGCACUUAAACUGAAGUUUGGGCUGUCAUACAAUAAACAGAUUGAAAAAACA